AUGUCGGAUCCAUCACGAGAAUCAACGCGGACACCGCCCAUCAAACAACCAACACCUCAAAUAUUCCUUGAUGCCGAAGACAAAACCGCUGAGGCUCUUUCCAAAUUCACCGAACUUGAAGCUUGCACUUAUGCCUCAAAACAACUUGGCUCGUCACAGAUGCAAGAGUUCAUGACUUGUGAUUGUGAAGAAGAAUGGGACGGGGAAUUACAAUUGAACUUAGCCUGUGGUGAGGAUUCCCACUGUAUUAACCGAGUUACAUCCGUGGAAUGUAUGAAUCGACAUUGUUUAUGUGGCAACGACUGUCAAAAUCAGAGAUUCCAGAAGAGAGAAUAUGCUGCUGUGUCUGUUUUCCAGACUGAAUUGAAAGGAUAUGGAUUGAGAGCCGAUUUAGAAAUCGGUGAAGGACAGUUCAUAUACGAAUAUACAGGUGAGGUUAUUGAUGAGGCUACAUUCAGACAGAGAAUGGUAGAGUAUGAUCAGAAAAGUUUCAAGCAUUUCUAUUUCAUGAUGCUUAAGUCAGACUCGUUCAUUGAUGCCACUGUGAGAGGGUCCCUUGCUCGGUUUGUGAAUCACUCCUGUAACCCCAAUGCCUAUGUUGACAAAUGGGUUGUCGGUGAUAAACUUCGUAUGGGUAUAUUCGCCAAGAGGAAAAUUGCUCGUGGUGAAGAAAUUACUUUUGACUAUAAUGUAGACAGAUACGGAGCUCAGUCUCAACCAUGUUAUUGUGGUGAACCAAAUUGUAUAAAGUUCAUGGGUGGUAAGACCCAAACUGAUGCGGCAUUAUUACUUCCGGAAGGUAUUGCCGAUGCUCUUGGUGUUAGUUCCAAAGAGGAAAAGCAGUGGUUAAAGGAAAACAAGCAUUUAAGACAACAACAAUCUGAUGAUGCAGUGAUAAAUGAAAUGUUUAUCAAACAAUUGGAAAUCACACCAUUAACAGAGUCAGAUGUUUCGAAAGUGAUGGGAGCAUUGAUGAAAUCUCAAGAUGCACUAAUUAUAGAAUCAUUAAUUCAAAGAAUAUAUUUGACAGAUGAUAAAAGUUUGAAUGUGCUAAUUAUUAAAUUUCAUGGAUACAAAACAUUAUCCAACAUUCUUGAGAAAACCUCUGAUGAAAAGCUUAUUCAAACGAUUCUUGAAAUCUUAUCCAAAUGGCCAAAAGUCACACGAAACAAGAUUUCUUCAUCGCAAAUUGAAGAGGUUAUCAAGGAAAUUGAACGCAAGUAUGACAAUGAAACUAUAAAAUCCUUGGCGUCUGACUUACUACACGAAUGGUCAAAAUUAAAAAUGGCAUACCGUAUCCCUAAAGCAAAACCAAACGAGACACCUUCAUAUUCCCGAGUAUCUCGAUCGCCAGAACGUGAAGAAGAAACACCACAAUCUCCUCUGUUAGAUCCUACUCCUAGUGAAGAACCCUUGCCUGAUGGCUGGGAAGUAGCUUAUGAUCCAAACACCAAGAAUAACUACUAUUACCAUCGCGCAUUGCAAAUAUCACGUUGGGAUCGUCCAGUUUCUUCAGUUCCCCGUGGCCCUAAACCACCCACUGGUCCACGUCCACCCACUGGUCCCGGAGGAUACAAGCGCGGUGGAUCAAGUACCCCUACAAAAUUCCUGGAGGCUGAUUUGGCCGAGCGUGAAGAGCGCAGAAUGCAAAUGUUAAAGAAUGAACAGUAUCGGGCUCUACAGGAGAAGGAACGUCAAUUACAAGAAUUGAUCGAACAAAGUCGUGAGCUUGAACGUAAGAAGCAAGAGGAACAACAACAAUCACAACAAAAACCAGAGAAGAAACAAAAGACAGUCAAAUCAAGUCACAAGCAUGAUGAUGUUUCUGUGGAAGCUAAGUGGAAACACGUUCUUGCUAAACAUGUACCAAAUCUCAUUAAGAAGUAUGAAAAGGAAAUAGGAAGAGAUAAUCUUAAAGGAUGUGCUCGAGAUUUAGUUAAUAGUUUAGCUUCUAAAGAAGUCAAGAUUGAUCCAAAGAGUUCUCCACCAAAAGAAUUAGACCAUCACAAAUUGAAAAAAAUCAAGGAAUUUUCAAAGACAUUUAUGGAAAAGUUUUUAGUAAAAUAUAGACAAAAGCACGACAAGAAGAGAAGUCGAGAUUCGGAUGAAUCAGGUUCCGAUUCCAAACGUACUAAAGUUGCUACUAAUGGAGCAUGA